AUGAACAUCGAGGCGCGGCUGGCCGAAACGAUCGGCCCUGCGGCGGGCCGCCUGCACACGGCGCGCUCGCGCAACGAUCAGGUGGCGCUCGAUUUCAGGCUCUGGGUCAAGACCGAACUGAAGAAGACCGAAAGCGCGCUCAAGACGCUGAUCGGCACCUUCGUCGACCGGGCCGAGGAGCAUGCCGGCACCGUGAUGCCCGGCUUCACGCACCUUCAGACGGCGCAGCCGGUCACUUUCGGUCAUCAUCUGAUGGCCUAUGCGGAAAUGUUCGGCCGCGAUCUUUCGCGGGUUCGCGACGCGCUGGAACGGCUGGACGAAUGCCCGCUCGGCGCAGCGGCGCUGGCCGGCACGGGCUUUCCGAUCGACCGGCACAUGACCGCCGACGCGCUCGGUUUCCGCGAGCCGACACGCAACUCCAUCGACACGGUCUCGGACCGGGAUUUUGCGCUCGAUUUCCUGUCGGCGUCGUCGAUCUGCGCGACGCAUCUGUCGCGGCUGGCCGAAGAGAUCGUGAUCUGGUCGACACCGCAAUUUGGCUUCGUGACCCUGUCGGAUGCGUUUUCGACCGGCUCGUCGAUCAUGCCGCAGAAGAAAAACCCCGAUGCGGCCGAGCUGGUGCGGGCCAAGACCGGGCGGAUCAAUGGCGCGCUGAUCGCCCUGUCGACGGUGAUGAAGGGGCUGCCGCUGGCCUAUUCCAAGGACAUGCAGGAGGACAAGGAGCAGGUGUUCGAUGCGGCCAAGUCGCUCGAACUGGCGCUUGCCGCGAUGACCGGCAUGGUGGCCGAUCUGACCGUCAACAAGGCCGCCAUGAAGAAGGCGGCGGGGUCGGGCUAUUCCAUCGCCACAGAUCUCGCCGACUGGCUCGUGCGCGAACUCGGACUGCCUUUCCGGGAAGCCCAUCACGUGACGGGCCGUGCGGUGGCGCUGGCCUCCGAGCGGGGGGUCGGUCUCGAAAAGCUGACGCUGGACGAUCUUCGCUCGAUCCACGAGGUCAUCACGGACGAUGUGUUCUCGGUGCUCUCGGUCACGAAGUCCGUCGCGAGCCGGACCAGCUUUGGCGGCACGGCACCGCGCGAGGUCAGGCGGCAGGUGCGCUAUUGGCGCAAGCGGCUCAAGAAGAUGGGCCCGCUGGAGCCGCCGCCCGCGCGUACCGCGCCGGACGGCACGCCGGAACAGGGCGUGCCGUUGCCGCUGAUCGCCGAGCAGGUCGGCACGCCGUUUUAUUGCUAUUCGACGGCGACGCUUACCCGCCAUUACCAGGUCUUUGCCGGUGCGUUUUCCGAUAUCGACGCGCUCGUCUGCUAUGCGAUGAAGGCCAAUUCGAACCAGGCCGUGCUGGCCACGCUGGCAAAGCUCGGCUCGGGCGCCGAUGUGGUUUCCGAAGGUGAGUUGCGGCGCGCGCUGGCCGCCGGCAUCGCGCCCGACAAGAUCAUGUUUUCCGGUGUCGGCAAGACCGCCGCCGAGAUGGAUUUCGCGCUGUCGGCGGGCAUUCAUUGCUUCAACGUGGAGUCCGAGCCGGAACUCGAACUGCUUUCGGCGCGCGCCGUUGCCGCCUGCAAGACCGCGCCCGUGUCGCUGCGCAUCAAUCCCGAUGUCGACGCCAGGACGCAUGCCAAGAUCUCGACCGGCAAGAAGGAAGACAAGUUCGGCAUUUCGUGGACCCGCGCGCGCGACGUCUACCGCCGCGCCGCCGAACUGCCGGGUCUCGCCGUCAUCGGCAUCGACAUGCAUAUCGGCAGCCAGAUCACGGCGCUGCAGCCGUUCGACGAUGCAUUCGCGCUUUUGACCGAUCUGGUCGGCCAGUUGCGCGCCGAUGGACACGCGAUCGAGCAUGUCGAUCUGGGCGGCGGUCUGGGCAUCCCCUACCGCAUGGACAACGACCCGCCGCCGCUGCCUGACGAUUAUGCCGACAUCGUCAAGAAGCAUGUCCGCCCGCUGGGCGUGAAGACGAUCUUCGAACCGGGCCGGCUGAUCGCCGGCAAUGCCGGCAUUCUCGUCACGUCGGUGAUCUAUCUGAAGGCGCUCGAGACCAAGAGUUUCGUCAUUGUCGAUGCCGCGAUGAACGACCUGAUCCGGCCGACGCUGUAUGAUGCAUGGCACGAUGUCUUCCCGGUGAUCGAGCCGUCGCCCGACGCGCCGCGCGUGGUGGCCGAUCUUGUCGGCCCGGUGUGCGAAUCGGGCGAUUAUCUGGCGCAUGAACGCGAUAUGGCAAAGCCCGCGCCGGGCGAUCUCUUGGCGAUCGGGUCGGCCGGAGCCUAUGGCGCGGUGCAGGCGGGCACCUACAAUUCGAGGCUUCUGGUGCCCGAGGUGAUCGUUCAUGGCGAUCAAUGGCAUAUCGCCCGCCCGCGCCCGUCCUAUAAGGCGCUGAUCGGGCUCGACAGCGUGCCGGACUGGCUCUGA